GACGUUUUUUUUCUCCAUUUACAUUAGAAAUUCAUUUGAACAUUUGGUGAUCAAUAUUGUUUAUGGAAGAACCUACGAUAAAUUAAAAUUACACAUUGUAAUACCAAAACAAUUAAAUAAUGCUUAUUGGGUGAGAUGUUUUUAAUUUUAGCAAUAAAAUUGGAGGAGCUUUAAUGAAAUAGGAUGGACAUUUCCAUAAAACAAGAACAAGGGGAGAAUUUGCCUAAUUUAAAAAUAGCUUCAAGUUUUCAUUACAAGUGUGGGGAAAUAUUUUACCUAAAAUCACUAAAUGAAUUUUCAAUUUCUUGUAAUAUUUGUAAUAUAGAGCAUUUUGAAAAUUUUAGUGAAUUUUGCAAGCACUUUUUAAAGUGCAAAUCUGUACAAAACCCCACAGAUGAAAUUAGAGUACAUAAUGAAAUACUAACCGCAGAAAAACCUAAAAGUAUUUCGGCUUCACCUCAAAGAAGACGUCCAAAAACAAAAAUAACGCCUACAAGAUCAGAAAAAUUAUUAAUAUUGAAAAAUUUGUGCAAAUCACCUCCAACAGCUCGGGAAUUAAACAUUAAUUAUGAACAACCGAUGGAUGAGAACGUUUUCCUUAAUCGUCAUAUUUCACAAAUACAACCACUGGAUAUGUUAUGGACUUCCCAAUCGGAUAUGCAAGACUGUUCUUCUUCAAAUUCUACUCAAGUCAUACGACCACAGACUAAUCAAUGGCAACAUUCCAUUCAACCAUCUGUUAAUUAUGAAGUUAGUCCACGUAUAUCUAAAAAUAUUGAAAGUACAAAUUCUUGGUCGACAUCAGUUCAAAAUUACCAACUUAUAAGAUCUACUUCACGAAAUGAAGAGAGUUCUAAUGAGUGGACAUCACGAAGUGCAACCCCGCAACAAUACCCUAUGCACCCACCGCCAAUACCACCACCAAGGACAGAAAAUCGAAAUACGUGGACUGCCGAAAUAGCACAGGAACAAUUUCCACCACUUCCUCAAAUUACUUCAUCUCAUCAUUUACAAUCUAAUUAUUUGUCCUCCACCCCAAACACUGUUGCAGCUCCGAAUUCUUCAAAUUUUCAUACUGCACAUCCGAAUAUUCAAACAACUCAAAUUUCUACUCAAUCUUCUAAUUCCCCAGUAUUUGAAAACUCUUCUUUAUCUUCACAUCUUUUGCCACCUUUUCAUUUAAACAAAACUACACUUAUGAAGUCGACUAAUGCUAUGAGCUCAAGUGAAAUGCUGCAGCAAGCCAAAAUAGCUGUUUCUUCAAAUAAAAAUACCGUUGAAACUACUAGUACGUGGAUUCCCCCGACGAUUAUCAGAGAAAAAAAAUUAAAUAACUUUAAAGAUUUGACAAAAGAAAAAGUAAAUUAUGCGUUCCAAGUUAAAUUGCAAAAAAUACAAGAAAAUACCAAAAAAGUAUGUGAACAAGAGUCUUCAUCUAACGAUUUGAAAAUUAUAGAAAUUGAUGAUAAGGAUGAUGAUGUAUCGAUUGAAGGAGGCGAUUCAAUAUGUUGUACAGAAAUUGUAAGUAGGGAAAGUCUAUAUGAAAAAAAUGUAACUGAAUUAAACAAAGAUUUAAAAAACGAAGUGUCUUUAAAAAAUGAGACUUUUUUUGAUGAAAAUAUAACUCAAGUAUAUAAUUCGGAAAAUGAUAUCACCGCAUCGAACAAAAAUUUGAUAAAUUUUGAAGAGAGUGUUAGUAAAAUUAAUGAAAAUGAGAGAAAGUCGCAAAAUCAAUUAGAAAAUAAGUCAGUUGUAGUUCCCAAGCCUGAAGAAGCUCACAAAGUCUCUUACCCGCAUCGUGGAGAUGAUCCUAAGCUGCGACUUAAGCCUUUAGUGAAAAUUGAAAAAAUGCCAAGACUAGUUUUAGAGAAAUACUUUCCAAGAUUUUUACUUGCGAAAGACUUUUUACAAGAUUUAGUGCGGUAUAAGAAAGGUAAGAAAAUAAAAUUUCGGAAGCAAUGUAAGCUUUGUCACCGAAAGUUUUCCACUCCCACUUAUCUACGCAUACAUUUAAGACAACAUACUGGAGAAAAGCCAUUUGGAUGCAAUUUUUGUGGUAAAUUCUUUGCAGAUAAAAGUGCUUUGAAUACUCAUACAAGAAGUCAUACUGGCGAAAAACCCUACAAAUGCGAGCAAUGUGAUUUAAGUUUUGCUCAUUCCGGAAGUUUGAAGUGGCAUGCAAAGAAACACGAUGAUCCAGAUGCUAAAUUUCGUACGAAAUGUUUAUCGAAAAGUUUAACUAACGAAUAUUUUAUUGUUUCUGAUAAACCAAAUGCUAUAGAUCCAACAGAAAUGUCAGAAAUGCUAACUACGAAAACUUGUAAUAUUUGCAAUAAAAGUUUUUCUUCAUCUGGUUAUUUAAAAGUUCAUUUACGCUCACAUACUGGCGAAAAACCGUUUGGCUGCAAAACUUGCGGAAAAUUUUUUAUAAGCAGAAGUGUUUUGCGAAUGCAUUUGCGAAGUCAUACUGGAGAAAAACCAUAUCAGUGCGAAACUUGUGACGUAAGUUUUUCAUAUUCUAAUAGCUUAAAGGAGCACUUAAAAAAACACGAAGAUCCGAAUUUUAAAGUUGAAGAGUUCUGUCAAAAAGAAUGUCAAUACUGCCAAAGAAUUUUUACUAGCUCACGAUAUUUAAGGGCUCAUUUAAGGAAACAUACGGGAGAAAAACCUCACCGUUGUAAACUUUGUGGAAAACAUUUUAUGUAUGCAAAAAAUUUACAAACCCAUUUAAAAGGUCAUAGCGGAGAAAAACCUCACAAAUGUGACAAAUGCGGUUUGGGAUUUUUACAUUUAGUGUCGCUUAAAUCACACUUAAAAAUACAUAAUGGAAUCGGUUUUAGAUGUAAUAUUUGCGGUUUGCAGUUCCCAACACUUUCGAAAGCAAGAAUUCAUAUGAGGGGUCACAGUGGUAUAAAGCCUUAUAGAUGUAAAAUUUGUGGAAAAGGCAUUUCAACCGCUAGCAGUUUUAGCUAUCAUAUGAGAACUCAUACAGGCGAAAAGCCGUUUAAAUGCGAGGAGUGUGAUGUUUCCUAUAAAUCUUCAGGACAGUUAAUAUUGCACAAUCGUAUGAAACAUACUGGUGAAAGACCGUAUAAGUGCAGUUAUUGCGAAAAAACGUUUUUCCAAUCGCAAUCUAUGAAAUACCAUGAGAGGGUACAUACUGGUGAAAAACCUUUUAAAUGCGAAAUUUGCGGAAUUAAUACGGUUACAUCUAGUUCAUUGGCAGUUCAUAUGCGGAGUCAUACCGGAGAGAAACCAUAUAAAUGCAAUGAAUGUGAUGCGGCAUACACGAAUUCUGGCCAAUUACUCAUACAUCGUAGAACCAAGCACACGGGAGAAAAACCAUUUAAAUGUACUUAUUGCGAUAAAGCAUUUUUUCAUUCUGCUGCUUUAAAAUCCCAUACAAGAACACAUACUGGUGAUAAACCAUUCAAAUGCAGCAAAUGUGAUUCUCGUUUCAGUCAGUCGUGUUCUUUGCGUAACCAUGUAAAGCUUCAUGAUGGAACUGCAUUCAAAUGCGAAUAUUGCAAUAAACUUUUUGCAACAGAAUCUCAAGUUCGAACUCAUUUAAAAUCACAUACUGGGGAGAGAUCUCAUAAGUGUCAAAUAUGUGGACAGACUUCUACAACGUCAAGCUCGUUAGCAAUCCAUAUGAGAACCCAUACAGGUGAGAAGCCCUAUCAGUGCAAAGAUUGCGAUGAUGCUUUUGCUACCUCAGGGCAACUAGUUUUGCAUAUACGAGUAAAGCACACUGGGGAACGUCCGUUUCAAUGCACUUAUUGUGAGAAAGCCUUCUUCCAGUCAACUGCACUUAAAAUUCAUAUCCGUACGCAUACAGGUGAAAAACCAUAUAAAUGUGACAAAUGUGACAUGAGCUUUGCGUAUUUAACGAGUUUGAAAUCACAUCUUAAAAUCCACGAUGGUAUUGUCUACAAAUGCAAAUAUUGUCAAGAUACAUUCCCAUCGCUUCGUUAUUAUAGAAUACAUUUAAAAACACAUACAGGUGGAAAACCAUUCAAAUGUGAUGUAUGUGGUCACCGAACAUCAACAUCCAGUAAUAUGGUAAUUCAUAUGAGAACACAUACUGGAGAGAAACCAUUCAAAUGUGAAACCUGUGGAUCAGCUUUUGCUACAUCUGGACAGUUGUUAUUACAUAAUAGAGUAAAACACACUGGUGAACGGCCUUUUAAAUGUACAUAUUGCGACAAAGCUUUCUAUCAAUCAGUUUCAUUAAAAGGUCAUGUUCGAACACAUACAGGAGAAAAACCGUUCAAAUGUGAUUUAUGUAAUGUUUCUUUUAGUCAAAAAUCUUCUUUAAAAACCCAUUUGAAAAAUCACGAUAAUCCAACUUUUAGUUGUGGUAUUUGUGAUAAAGUUCUUCGAUCAGCUUUAGCUUUAAAGGCGCAUAAUCGUCGGCAUAAUGGUGAAUCACCGUAUAAAUGCGAAAUCUGCGGUCAAGCAGCUACUACUUCAAGUUCUUUGGUGGUUCAUAUGCGUGUUCAUACAGGAGAAAAACCUUUUAAGUGUACAGAUUGUCCAAACGUAGCUUAUUCGACAUCAAGUCAAUUGAAGUUGCACAAACGUGUUAAGCAUACAGGUGAAAGACCACACAAAUGUUCUUACUGUUAUAAAGCUUUCUUUCAGUCGACUUCUUUAAAAGCUCAUGUACGAACGCAUACUGGAGAAAAACCUUACAAAUGUAAGAGUUGUGAUGCAUCUUUUGGUCAUUCUAGCAGUUUAAAAACACACCAAUUAAAGCAUACGGGAGGUUCUCCUCAUAAAUGUGAAAUAUGCAGUCAAUGUUUAUCAACCCCAGCUGCUUUACAGACUCAUAUGCGCAUUCAUACUGGAGAAAAACCGUAUAAAUGUAAAGAAUGUGAAAUGUCGUUUACUACUUUAGCUCAAUUAUCUAGCCAUAAAAGAACGAGACAUAUGGAUAUAAAACCAUUGAAGUGUACUUUUUGUUCUUACAUAACCAAGAAUAGUAGCAGUUUGAAAUCACAUUUGUUGAAACAUACAUAUAAAAAGCCAUACCGUUGUGACGAAUGUGAUGAACGUUUUUAUACUUCUGCAAAACUAGUAUUACAUAAACGAGUAGAGCAUACCGGUGAGAGGCCUUACAAAUGCAGCUAUUGUGACAAAGCAUUUUUUAUAUCCACAGCACUAAAAUCACAUGAACGUUCUCAUACUGGGGAAAAACCAUAUAAAUGCGAUCAUUGCGAAAUGUCAUUUGCUCACUGGAGUAGUUGGAAAUACCAUUUAAAAAAGCAUACUGCCUAGAAAAUAUAAAAAUUUUUGCAAAAAGUAAGUUGAUUAUUGAAAAUAAUCAAUAACAAAAUAAUUUUUUAUUUCUUAUAUUAUUUUGUAUACAUAUGUAGGUUUAGUAUCACCUUUUAAAAAAACAUUACUCUAUAUGUAUACACAUAUUGUUAACCAAGGACUUAAAUUAUAGUGGCAAUUAAAAAUCGUGAAUCAAGAAUAAGUUUAAGAAAUUCUAGUAUUUAUAAGUAUUUUAUUAGCUUUUUAGAUUUAAAAUGAAAUAAACACAGUGAAGUCGGGUGCGGCGGCCUUAGCAGGGUGAUUUAGUAGUCAGUGCUUUGAUACAUGUCUGUGCUUACGGAAUAAAAAAUAGGCAUUUACUUGUAACUUCCUUUCAGAAAAAAACAGAAGUUUCAAAUAAAGAAUUUUUUUAAAGGCUAGUAAAGGGCUUUUAAUCAACAUAUUAUUUGACUUAGUGUUCUAUGUACUUUCGGAAUAUCAAGCAUUCUAAUUUUAGAAAGCCCUUUUAAAAAUUCUUUGUUGGAACCUUCUAUCUUUUUUUAAAGGGAAGUUACAAGGAAAAAAAUUGAUAUAAGCAAUUAAAAGUUUCGUGAAAAUUUGUCAAAAUUCCUAAACAUUUGAUGUCCUAAAUGAUGUUGUGUGUAUUAAAUCAAAAAAAAAAACCCUGAGAGUAUGUUGCUAGCAAAAAAAUCAAGAAGAAAUCACGAAAUCAGCUGCCGCGUUGUGAGUAACGUAAUAUAAAUAAAUUUCUCAAGAUUAACUCAAAAUUGCGACGAUAUUUAGUAAAGAUUUGCAACACGAAAUUUCAUUUUGCUCUUAUUAUUUUUUCAAAUGUCCAUGUCCAAGCCUUUUUUUUAUCAUAAAUAGUUGACUAAGAGUACAUUUUAUGUUUACUUUUUGAUUUUUAUGUUGAAACAUUAUUUACUGAAUUACCAUGUAAAUUUUUUUUCAAAAAUAAGUUAGAUAUUACCUAAUAUAAUGUGUUGGAAAUAUGCCGCUUGUAUUUUAAUAUUUUGUAUGUAUAUGUAUUUAAUACAUGUAAAACAUGAAAAAUCUGUAAAUUAAUUUAGUCCCGUAAUUCAAAACAUUAUUUGCAAACAUUAUAGCUGCAAACACAAAACUAAUCCGAAAUUUGAGUUAAUAGCUGAGUAAGUUUUAAAUUAAUAAUUUUUGUGCAAUUUCAGUUGAUUGCAAAUAACAGACUUAUUAUCUUUGAAUUACAGACUUAUUAUCUUUUAAAUUUUAGAAAAAAAUUAAUUUUAUAAAACAAAAAUGGUG